CUUCCUCGCAGAGUCGCAGCCAAUUUGCAGACUCGCAAAAUUUAUUCCGUUCAGAAGCGUCCAGAUCUGGCGCGCCUUGCUCCGCUUCGCUCGGCCUGACCACGCCUUGCAACGCCUCCUCACGCCUUACCCGCACUAAACGUGCAACUCGCGAAACAGCCGACAGCCUCGGUUGAUUUCCUGCCGCCUCGCUCCGAAGCGGUCGCCGACGCGCGCGAAGGCAUGCCUUUGAAAACACUGGGUGGAGAAAUAUAAAAAAAAUUAGAAUAAGCUCUGAGAUAAAGGUUGAAAAUGAGUGCUGAAGCUUUGCAAGUUGCUAAGGUGUACCGCCACCUUCUCAGAGCUGUGAAGAAACACGUUGCCAAAGAAGACAGGGCGAGGCAUUUCAAAGAAUACGUAACUGAAGAAUUCAGGAACAACUGCAAACUGUCAGAUCCAUCUUCCAUUCAGCAGAAGAUUAAGCUUGCCCAUAACUACACUUUUCUUCUUAACAGUGUGCACCAUCACCAGGACCUAUUGUUCUCUUACAACAUUGCUGUGGAUAGAUCAGAUGAGAUGAAAAAAGUACUUGGAAAAUCUGCUGCAAGUGUUGGUCUUCAACUUCCUGAGGUUUAUGAGCCUUGAUAUUUAGUUGGGUAUAAUCUGCUACUGUUGGAUAUUUAUCCACUAUUGUUAUUUGUUUUAUUUAGUUAAUUUGCUUCUGCUAAUAAUCCCUAUUUGUCAGGAAACAUGGUUAGUGUUUGACCUAAUCUUUAGGAGAAUCCCAAUAGUCUAGGGUUGUUAGACGUGGGAUAUUUUGUUGCUUAUUUUUUUUAUUAUUGUUCCUUGUACGGCUAUUUAUGCCAGUCUUUGGAGUCAAUGAAUAAUCACAUUCUCUCA